CGUCAGGUUAAAACCAUGGAUGUGACGUCACCCAGCGCUAAUGUCUUCUUCGGAUUAAAGAUGGCGCCCUCUCAUGCACUGAGGUGCUGCAAACGGGCUCUGAACUGGAUACCUGUCCUGUUUAUAAACCUGGUUGUUGGUUGGUCUUAUUACGCUUAUGUUGUGGAGCUCUGUGUCUAUACAAUCCCAAAUAAUGCAGAACGAAUCAGCUAUUUGGUCAUCUUUCACAUUUUCCUCACCAUGUUUAUAUGGUCUUACUGGAAAACUAUCAGGUCCAGACCAGCUAGCCCCUCAAAAGCGUUCGGUCUGCCCAGAGCAGAGAAGGAACUGUAUGAGCGAGAGGAGCGAGCCGAAACACAACAAGAGAUUCUGAAGAAAGUGGCGAGGAAUUUACCUGUGUAUACACGCACGGCAGGAGGAGCCAUCCGAUACUGCGACCACUGCCAGGUAAUCAAACCUGACCGCUGCCAUCACUGCUCAACCUGUGAGAUGUGUGUGCUGAAAAUGGACCAUCACUGCCCCUGGGUAAAUAACUGUGUUGGAUUCUCAAACUACAAGUACUUUGUCUUGUUCUUGGCCUACGCCUCACUCUACUGUGUAGUAAUUUGUGCUACAGUCAUCCAAUAUUUCAUCAAAUUCUGGACCAAACAGCUGCCUGACACGCAUGCCAAAUUCCACAUCUUGUUUCUGUUUUUCGUGGCGGCCCUGUUCUUUAUCAGCAUCCUGUCACUUCUCAGCUACCACCUUUGGCUUGUGGGAAAGAACAGGACCACUAUAGAGGCUUUUAGAGCUCCUGUCUUCACAAACGGUCCAGACAAAAACGGGUUUUCUCUGGGCUUUAGCCGAAAUGUAUCUGAGGUGUUCGGAGAGCAAGCAAAGUACUGGAUGUUUCCUGUUUUCUCAAGUCUGGGAGAUGGACAUUCCUUUGUUACCAGAUUGCUACACAUAGAUCCUGAACAAGCAAACAGUGUCCUCCAGCAAAAUGGCAAAAGCCCUGCUGAUGGGGAGGCCAACUCUUGUGUGCUUGGUAACAAUAUACAACACAUAGACAGCAAAGAGAAAAUUGAUGGAGGCCAGAUAGUCUCUGUGACUAUGGAGAGUGAGCCAUAGCAGGUCGCAGCCUCAUCAGUAAAGAGCUCGUCAACAAUGAUGCCUUGAGCAUCAACACCACUACAGGAGCCAUCCUCCACCCUCAUUUAGAGUUUGACAGUGCAGCCUCAAGCCACAUGUUUUGUAUGCACAUUAAAUGGACCAUCCUUCAUCUAGUGUGCUUUUUAAACUAGCACCACAACAAUAUCAUGUCAACAGAGACUGUACAGAGACCUCAUAGACUGCACCAGUCUGAAGAAGAGGUGAUUCACAGGUUUUGUCUUUGUUUUGAGCCAAAGACAUUCAAAUAAUGUUUUGUUGUUAUUGCAUCUGAAAAACUCUGGGACUGUUUUCCCCCACCCCCGAGCCAAUGUAUAUCUACAUUGUCUGUGUUUAUCUACAUUGAUUAAUCACAUUAUACAUGUCAACUAGAGAAUCAUCCUUUUGUCAGUAUUAAUCAAGCAUUAAUAACUAAGCCUCAAGUCGGGUUGUGCUUGAUGUAGAGCAGUGGGAACCACUAAAGCGAGAUUUGUAUGAUAACUCACAACAACAUUUCAACACUGUCAACAGUGUGCAGAAUAUCUUAUCAGUUUUAAACUCCAAGCACAGUGCAAUUAUUCAGACCAGUAGUCCAUUAUCAGAUGGUCUAAUUUAGUUUACAGUUUACAUGAUUGAAUAAAUGUAAAGGUCUUUCUGUUUACACUUUUGAGAUAUUUAUUUUUUACAGUUCAAAUUUUAUACUGUGGUCAAACACGCAGGUGAUAUAAGCUUAAAUGUGAGGACCAAAUCCAGUUUAACUACAGUUUAAAAUGGUUUCAUCUCAUUUCAAAUAAUUAUUUAAGACACAUAACCAAUAGAUUACAUAUAAUGCAGAGUACUUAUCAAUGAGAUUGCCAUUUUUCAUUGCACUAUAAAUGUAUGUAAUUUAAUUGUUUUCAAGCUUUUAUAAAUUAAUUGCAGUGUCUUCUGUAUCUUUUGAUUUGAUUGUAAUGGCUUAUUUGUUUUAUUUAUAUUUAUUUAGUUUAAAAAAAAAGUAUGGACGGUCAUGUUUGUCCUCUUUGUUAAGUAGGCCUCAGAACGUUUUAAUUUUCAUGAUCAAUCGUUUGCUGCAGUAUGUAUUUGUUAAAUUAAUCAAACUUGAUUUGUGUCCUUUCCAUUUGUUUUUCCGGAUAUAUUAUAAAGAUUUAUUUGAAAGGUGGAAAGUAAGAGCACAAAAUGAAACCACAAUAAUGUAUAUUGUCAGAAAGGUCAGGGACAUUUGAUCCACUGUGUCCUUGAGCCUGAACCAGGUGAGAUAAGGUGGACUUUAUAUACUAGCUAUGAAAGAGUAGUCUAGUGUCAUCAUAAAUGCUCCUCUCUGUGCUCCUGGCAGCUGUUUCAUUAUAUUACAUUCCUUUUAGUGGAAAUGAUGCACAGCACAAUGUGGGGCUUGCCUGACUGAUCAGUAGAUAUAAUAAUAUGUACAUAAUAUAUAUAAUAAUAAUGAGUAGAUGUUACUGAUUGAGUGGUAGCCCAUGUGAAUGUACUCACAGUACCUCACAGUAGUUUUAUAACUAACUUCACUGUCUGAACCAAGCAGCUAGAGCUGCUAAUGUAGUUAGGCCUGUAAAGAACUGCUGUUUUAAUGAGACAACAUUAUUCAUGCAGGGUGAUCUUCAUUGUUCUGUAACAAUAAAUGUAAAUUAUGAAACUAUAA